AUGUCUCGAUCUCCUGAGUAUAAUGUUAAUGAAGAUAUUCAAUUAUGCCAACGGUAUAUGGAAAUUUCCCAAGAUUCUGCUACAGGUGUUCAACAAAGUUCACCUUCUUUCUGGCGUCGGGUUCAGGAAGCAUAUAAUGGUGCCAAGGAUGACAGUUGGGAGUAUCGCAAUGAAAGAUCGGUGAGUGCUCGCAUUCGUACCAUUGAGAAAGCUAUAAGAAAAUUAAAUGGAUCUAUGAGACAGAUUGAGAUGUUGAAGCCAAGUGGAGCAUCGAAUGAAGAUAUUAUGUCUCAAGCCAAAAUAUUACCCACGCAAGAUCCCCUCUACAGGAAAGGUUUUAAAUUUGAUCAUGUUUGGAAUAUGAUGAAAGAUUUUGAGAAGUUUAAAAAUAAUACCAGGAAUAGUGCAAACUUUGUGUCAUCAGAGUCGAAAAAUCCUAUGCCUGAUUCUCCUAAGGAAUCAUCCCCAGGUUUGUCAAAUUUUUCAAUGAAUUUAAAUGAUGAUGGUGAUGUAGGUAUAGCUGAACGACCUACCCGCGGAUUGAAAAAAUCCAAGUUGAAAAGAAAAAAGGAUGAAGAAGUUUCAAGGGUCAUCAACUCCAUCAAGGAAGAUAAUAAACAUUUAAUGGAGAUGAUGAAGAAUAAUCAGUCAGGCAGAGAUAAGCAAAUGGAAUAUAAGUCCAAAAAUUUAGCCUUCAGAGAGUUUAAAGAAGAAAAUAAAAUCUUAACGAUGGAUUUGAAUUCAAUUGUUGAUCCAUAUUUGCGAGCGUUUUGGGAAGCCGAGCGUAGGCGUAUAGUUCAUAAAAGAGCUCAACAUCAUCAAUCGUCUUCUGGUUCAAAAAAUUUCAAUGACUAUUUUACUAAUAUUGGCGGAUCUGAUACCGACCUGCAAGAUUAUUGA